AUGCUUCUUUCCUCUCUGCCCGUGGUUUCCCUCCUUUUGGGUGCUGUUUGGGCAGCUCCCAAGCCAGCUCCCUUCUCGACUUUCUCAGGUGUGACCAUCUUUACACCUCCAUCGAACUAUACCGAUCCGCGGGUAUUGUAUGCUCGCACAGUCGAGCUUGAGAAGGGAGUGCUUCUUGCCACUUGGGAGAACUACAGUCCUGAGCCACCGCUAGUGUACUUUCCAAUCUACAAGAGUGUAGAUGGAGGAGAGUCGUGGAAGGAAAUAUCCAAGGUUACGGAUCAAGUGAAUGGAUGGGGCCUUCGGUACCAGCCUGACUUGUAUGUCCUGCCAAAGAGAGUUGGCAAAUUUCCUGCAGGCACGAUCAUAUGCUCCGGAAAUUCCAUUCCAACAGACUUGAGUCUCACCAAGAUCGAUGUGUAUGCAAGUCGGGACAAGGGCUACACCUGGGAGUUUGUCUCUAGCGUUGCAAGAGGAGGAGCCGCAUUUCCGAACAAUGGGAUCCCUGCAAUUUGGGAGCCCUUUGUAAUGUAUUACAAAGGUCAAGUCGUGUUGUACUACUCGGACCAAAGGGAUCCUUCAUAUGGCCAAAAGCUCAUCCACUCCACGUCCAAGGACCUUCUCACCUGGAGUGCCGAUGUCGAAGAUGUUGUGUCGGCAAGAUACACAGACCGACCAGGAAUGACAACAGUAGUCCAGCUUCCAAAUGGCAAAUAUAUGAUGACCUAUGAAUUUGGAGGGGGCCCGACUGUAGUUGGGACUGCAUAUAAGUUCCCAGUGUACUAUCGAAUCAACGACAGCCCUCUCGAGUUCAACAAAUCUGUCGGGAUACCGAUCUACACAAACGACAAAAUCCAGCCCGAGGGAUCACCAAAGGUUGUCUGGUCUCCAGUUGGAGGAGUCAACGGCACUAUCAUUGUCAGCUGCGGAACCGCAAGUCAGGUCUUCGUCAACCAGGCUUUAGGCGAUGCAAAUGCAUGGAGAACAGUCCCGACUCCAGAGGGAGUGUCGUAUACGAGGCACCUCAGAGUACUCAGUAACUCAAACCAUUUACUCAUCAUGGGUGGUGGAGUUCUUCCCCCAAGUACAACGAACAAGGUGACCGUCAGUGUUAUUGACAUCAAGAAGAGUUUGAAAGAAGCAAGUUGA